AUGCGUUUUUCGACAUUACGAGAGAAGGUCUUCCGCCUGAAGCAUAUUCCGGACGGAAACUUGGACACACAGCUGAGACGAUGCCUCACCACCGUCGACAUAACCCUUCUAGGAAUUGGUCACAUGAUAGGAGCCGGCAUCUAUGUCCUGACAGGUGCGGUUGUCCGGAACGUUGCCGGUCCGUCUAUUGUGCUCUCAUUUCUUCUCGCUGGAGUUGCGUCAUUGCUGUCGGCGCUAUGCUAUGCUGAAUUUGGAGCUCGAUUUCCAAAAGCGGGCAGUGCUUACACGUAUGCAUAUGUGGGCGUCGGUGAGCUAUGGGCCUUUGUCAUCGGCUGGAAUAUCGUGCUGGAACAUAUGCUGGGAGCUGCCGCAGUAGCUCGGUCAUGGUCAGGAUAUUUGGAUUCGCUACUCGGUAACGUCAUAUCUAACACAACUAUCGAACGAGUUGGUCGAAUUGAGAGCUCGUCGUUCUUCGGUGACUAUCCUGACGUGGUCGCUUUCCUCCUGAUUGUGAUUGUUGCCAUCUUCGUGGCGCUCGGCUCGAAAGUCUCCACAAAUUUCAAUUCGGUUUUCACCAUCGGUAACAUGGCGGUAAUAGUGCUUGUCGUCGGGUACGGUAUAACGUUCGCAGACUUCAGCUUAUGGAGUGGCACCAACGAAGAGGGAGUAUCGAACUUUUUUCCAUACGGCGUGAAUGGAAUGUUAGCAGGUGCAGCAUCGUGUUUCUUUGCCUAUAUCGGCUUUGACGGUCUCGCAACUGCUGGAGAAGAGGCAAAAAAUCCUUCGCGGUCGAUUCCCAUCGCAACGUUUGCUUCGAUGUCUGUAGUUACUUUGGCCUACAUUGCAAUGUCCGCAUCGCUUACGCUUAUGGUCCCAUACUAUCAGGUCCACCCUACGGCUGCUUUUUCGGACGCUUUCGCCCUUAGGGGCGCCACCGUGGCGAAGAUUGCCGUCUCUGUGGGCGCUCUAUGUGGAAUGACAACCAGUUUAGUUGGCGGUAUGUUCGCUCUACCACGAUGUGUUUUUGCCAUGGCAGAAGACGGUCUCCUUUUCAAUUCGCUGGCUGUAGUCAAUGGUAAAACUCAGGUGCCAAUCAACGCUGUCCUCGUGUUCGGUUCGAUAACGGCCUGCAUCGCAUUGCUGUUCGACAUCGAGACGCUCGUUGAAUUCCUGUCAAUCGGCACGCUACUUGCAUAUUCGAUCGUCUCGGCUUGUGUGAUUAUCCUUCGAUACCAACCGUCUCGAUACCCGGAAGAUGGCAGCUUUGAUAAUGGAGGCAAACUGAAAGUCACAUUCCCUGGAAGCGGAUACUUGGAACAAUUCGACCCCGGUCACGCAGUUCAUUAUGGAGUGUUAGUGAUGAUGAUUGGCUUCGCUGGAUUUGGACUGUGCUUAAGUUCAGGACACUUUGAGGAAAUGGCAGGGAUGGUGACGGCCUCGUUUUUCGGUGCAGUCUCUAUAUUGUCGCUGGUUUUCAUUAUGGCUCAUCAUCAGAAUUCAGCUCCACUUAAUUUCAAGGUACCCCUGGUACCUAUCGUUCCUGCGUUGAGCCUACUCAUUAAUGCUCUCAUGAUGCUGCACCUUGCACCCAUAACUUGGUUACGGCUUGCAUUCUGGAUGGUAUUAGGUUUGAGUAUCUACUUCGUCUACGGCAUACGCCAUUCUCGGGAGGAACUGAUGCCAUCAUCACCGGAAGCCCGCUUCUCGAAAAGCAGCACGUACGAAUCCGUGGUGUCCGCCUCAACUACCGGCUCGGCAUCCUGA